AUGACAGAAUUAAUCGAAGUAUUCAGAAGCUUGAUUAACGAUUAUGAAGAAACUUUUCGAGUAAUGGAGAACGGUACUAUUAAAGUGAACAAUGAAAGUUUCGAAAGGCAUGUACCUUCCUAUGGAGCUCUGGUACAAAAUUUCCUAAAUUGUUAUGACACUCUUUUCUUAUUUGAUGGAUUAGAAAUGGGUGCUAUUAAUAUAGAAAUUAUCGGCUACAGGAAAAUCGAAAAGGUUAAUUGA